GACGCUCGCGCCGUUGCUGUGCAGGGCAAUCUUGUCAUCACGACUCCCAACAUGCACUUCGUUCCGGAAUUCCGUCACUUCGACGAUGAAAUCUUACAAGUGCGCGCAGAUGGUCACUUUGGUGUUAUCGAUUGUUUCCAAUGGCCUCAGGCUUACGACGAUACAUUUUGCUAUGCCGCUUGCAUACCUCGAAAGGAGGCCUUUCUGUCUCCUCACCCACUUUAUUGGGCCUGGUUCACCCCUACCCAGAAUGAUCUUAAGUCCAUUCCUGGGAAUUCGUUUCCUGUGGGCACACUGGCGUCGGAUAAGGUCGAAGGCUUGCAAUCCCUCUUCAAGCUGGCAGAACAACGACUCCAUGACUGCCUUUUGUCCCUCCGACAUGCCGUCGCACGCUUGAAGUCACAUCCCCUCACAUUUCGUGAUCUUCUCAUUUUCGUCACCGAUGCUCAGCGUCUCUUUCUUGAUAUCUACUCUGACAUCGACUGGGUACUUAUAGCUCAGCCUCUCACGACUUCAGGCCUUCGUCAUGCUGUUCGGGGCGAUUGGAUGGGCACUUUUGUGCAGAGUAGCGACGUCUGCGAGAAGUUAUUCUGCGCUGGUGUCCCCGUUUGGUAUGUUCGCGCAAGCGCAUACAUUCCCCCGAACAUGAAGGUUGUCGAACCAGUUUUACUUACCCGUCCAGAUCACAUCAUCAUUGGCAUGUACACGGAGGGCAGUAAAGUUCGCCCAUUCGAAGUGAUAUACCACGGUCCUGGUGGUCAUAGUUGUCAUGUGCACGUUCGCCGCCUAUACGCAGGUACAACGCACUUAGACCCCAAGGCAGCCAACCCUCAACCAUCGUCCAGCUCGAAUUCCGAUCCUAAAGGAUCUAGUCAUGGCAAGGCGCCAUCUCGACAGAAGACUCGUCCUGCUCAGUCAGGCGAAUCCAGGGACAAGUGGCAAGACCCUGACACUCCUUACCUUCCACCGCCGAACCUGCAUUGGGAAGCAGCGAUGAAAAUUGCAAUUAGGGACCAGUCGCGCAUUCACACGCCCUACGUUAUCGAUCGGGGGUAUAGAUUCCCUGAGCCUGCUCUUCUUAUCGGCCCCAAACUGCCUGAACGUCUGCAGAUAUAUCUUGCCAAUUGGCUUGCAUCUCGUGUGCUGUGGGUAGGCCGAGUCGACCACGAUCCUCCACGCACUUAUCCCACUCCUCAACUCUGGCGCGACUUCCUUGGUAGUGUGCCUUCUGCCCAGCCACAAUCUCAUCAGGAGAAAGCUCCUGACAGAAAUGGUCUUACGGCCACCGAGAAGCGGAAGCAGGUGAUGCGGGAGUUGUUCGGCGAUGAUUUGCUAGAAUCUCAGGGCGAUGUAUUUUCGCCAGAUGGAGUUGUUGAAUUUCGGGGUGAAGAAAUCUCCAUCGGCAGUCUUACUAAUCCUUCCGCUCUUCUAGCCCAGAAGGUCACAUGGGAGCUGUUUGAACUUGGCUUUCGAUACGAGUUGAGGGAUCUUGAUCGUCACUUGGCGCAGAGACAAUGGAAGGAAGAUCCAGCUGGUCGUGAGCAACUCCUCCAUGGCAUCUUCCCGGGCGACGCUGGUCUAGUGAUGUGGUCAGAGCCAUUUCCGUCGGAACAUUACGGGUUGUGGGAUAACACCCUGAAGGGCUGUCUUCCUUACGUGGAGAAUUUUCGCCGACUGCUUUGCGAUUGGGAUGGCGUGCUGCCUCUUCUUAUGACCCCGCUGACAUCAGACAACUUCACAGAUACCAAGUCUUGGGAAGUCAAGCGUGUAGCCAUGGCAUUUUACGUCCAGACAUUUUUUGAUCAUUUCGGCAGGCCUCCCAUCGUACCCCAUUCGCUUCCCAUGCAAUCAUGA